GAGUUUGGCGCGCAGGCAUGUCAGCGGAGUAUCAUAAUGUCGAGCUUCGUAUGUUUGAUGAGGCCCAGUUCACUUGUCGAACGCUCGGAACUGGAUUGACAGUUGGAUUGAGAAACUCUAAAGUGAUUUCUCUUCGUAGGGAUAAUGAGACCGUCAGGGAAAUCCAUAUUUCCUCUCUGGCUAAUAUAUAUCGUUUCUCACAAAAAACAGUAGCUGUCUGUACGAAAAAAUGCGUCGGGGACGCGGUCUUCACUACUUAUUUGUUGGGGUUCGAUUCUCCGGGGGAUGUCCGUAGCUUUUUAAAUUCUUCCGGUCUACUGAAACCGCUAUGUGAAGAGGACAAGAAGGAGACCCGCACUUCCAUUUUCGAUAAGCGUACUGACUCUUGGUCUGCAGUACAAUAUUUUCAAUUUUACAGUUACAUCAGUCAGCAACAAAAUAUGAUGCAGGACUAUAUUCGCACUUCAACCUACCAAAGAGCUAUUCUCGCAAAUGCUUCCGCCGACUUUCGCGGAAAAGUGGUAUUGGAUGUUGGAGCUGGCUCAGGAAUUUUGAGCUUCUUCGCAAUCCAAGCUGGUGCAACAAGGGUUUAUGCUGUUGAAGCAUCUAAUAUGGCUACUCAUUGUAAUAGUCUAGUUCAAGCAAAUAAAUUGGCGGGACGCAUUGUUGUCAUCAGUGGGAAAAUAGAAGAAAUCACUUUGCCCGAACCAGUGGAUGUCAUUAUAUCUGAGCCAAUGGGUUAUAUGUUAUACAACGAGAGAAUGUUAGAAUCGUAUGUUCAUGCAAGAAAGUUUCUAGCUCCACAUCUUCGACAGCCAUUAAAAAAGAAGCAGAACAGACGUGAGCAUGAACGACUUAAUGAAGAUGAUCAAUCACCAUAUGUCAAACAGUUGUCAGAUUCUGAGCAUUCUGAUGAAGUAUUAACUGAUGAGUUGGACUGUGAAGAUAUUGACAUAGAGGAUCAGGUACAUGAUGGCGCGACAAAAUUAUCUAAUAGAUCAUUACCUUGCCCCGGAAUAAUGUUCCCGUCUGUAGCAAAUUUGUAUAUUGUUCCAUUCAGUGAUGAGGCACUCUUCGCUGAACAGUACGGGAAAGCUAACUUUUGGUAUCAACAGAGUUUUCAUGGCAUGGAUCUAACUGCUCUACGUAAUGCUGCCGUUACGGAAUACUUCAAUCAACCUAUAGUCGACACUUUUGAUAUUGGUAUUUGUCCAGCACUACCGUGUAUACACAAAGUGGAUUUCCGUACUGUAUCCGAAUCCGAACUAAGUUCAAUCGAUAUUCCUCUAAAUUAUCAAAUUACAACCUGUUGUACAAUCCAUGGCCUUGCAUUUUGGUUUGAUGUUGGUUUCUUAGGUUCUCAGCGAGAUGUAUGGUUGUCAACUGCACCAACUGAACCACUUACUCAUUGGUAUCAAGUGCGUUGUCUUAUGGGAACACCAUUAUUCGUUCAAGAAGGUCAGUCACUUAAUGGACGUGUUCUUAUGCAUGCUAAUUCUAGACAGUCCUAUGAUGUUCAAAUCGAACUGAUAGUUCCUGGUAGUGAAACAAAGAUUGUUAAUAGUUUAGAUUUGAAAAAUCCACACUUUCGAUACAAUGGAUAUCCUCCAGCACCACCGCCUGGUUCACAUGUUCGUUCACCGACGGAGACAUAUUAUGCUAAUCUGUGUGCACAACAACAACAACAACAAAUGGAGAUGCAAUCACAAACUAUGGUCAAUAAUGGUAAUCCUAUAUCAUUGGCUGCAGCGGCGGCUGCGGUUGUCGGUGGCGUUGGUAUGCCUAAUAAUAAUAGCGGACAAAUAAAUUAUCGAAAUAGUCCUGUUUAUACAAUGAAUCAAGCGACUGGAUUUCUUGCUGCCACUGGUUCAAUUCCAAAUGUUGUUCAAACAAUCCCUUUAGCAGUUGCCAACGAUAGUCUAUUACAAAAUCAACCACAUUCUAUGCAAUUAUCUCCUCAGCCAGUUAAUCAAUCUUCAUUAGAAUUUGGUCGUUUUAUGACAUCGAAUCAUUCUCAGAUUGCUUCUUCAAUGCUUAGAUCAGUAAACAUUCCUUCAGCUACUCCCGUUAUUGAACCUUUGACAAAUGUUUCUGGCAGUGGAAUUCAUACAAAUGAAUCUGUGUAUUACAACCCUGUUAUUAGUUCGAAUUUCGGAGACUCCUGUUUCGCAAUGAAUAAUGUGGUCAAUCCUAGCAAAAAUUGGAAUUCAGGUAUCUGCUCUAAAACAACAUAUUUUUUUAUUGGAUUUUUAUGUUACUGUCCUCUUAUACUUUUCGUGACCAACACAAAAGAGGGUUCUAAAACGUUUAGUGGUAGCUAAAUAUAACUUGUCUUUUUAAGUGUUUGACUCCUGGUUUAUUCUGUGUAGGCAGGUAGUGGCUUGCUGAUUUGUAUUCGCAAAAAUCGAAUAAUUAGGAACUUAAGAAGACAUGAACUGUAAGCGAUCGAAGUGACUAGUUAAUAUUUGUGAAUUUAGCAGGCCACGUGUUACAUAUGCUUGAACACCGAUUACCACGUCGCGCAAUGCUGACUGGUGUUGGAGAUGGUUGGAAGAAAGUUCGGGGCAGCCAAACCAAAAAUUAGCAUCAGUGUUUGAAGUCACUAACUUCUAGUCUGAGCGAUGUUGGUAGAUGCAGACUACUUGGUUGGGGUCCGCAUCACUAUCGUAAUCAAUGGUUGUUGCCCGUGGGUGACAUGGCUCAGAAUCGAUCACAAUCGCGUAGGUGUGUACACUCUCUAUCUUCCCUUCAACUAUGAGAUUAAAAUUGCUUUAUAUCUUUCUUUCUUCCUGUACUAUAUCAUUAUAUACAAUCUUUCUUUUAUAUAUUAUUACCAUUGGAUUAACUACUUCUAUGAAUUUGGUGUUCAUCUUGUUGUGCGAAUGAGGUAUGGCAACUUGGACCAAUGCACGUAUAUUCCUGAUUCUACGUUGUAUCUGACUGACUGUAUUUUCAUAUCUUACAUUUUUCAAUAUUCUCAUAUAGUUCGGAAGAAUAUUCUUGACCAACCUGCUUGCUCUAUUAUUUUUUUUUUGUUGAAAAUCAAUUUUUUUUCUCCUCUUUUUUCCAACAGGAAUACAUCAGGAAUAAUUCCGACCUCUUUAUAACCGUAUAGUCGACGGUUAAGAGUAUAUGUAUGUGAGAAUUAAUUAUUAUACAAUCGUUCGUUAUAUGUGGUGUACACAGUAAAACAAUAUCUUAUAUAUAUAUACAUAAACCUUUGUCAUUUUCGUAAAUUCUGAUAUUUUGAUGGAAAUUGUUUGUUCGUUUUUUUGUGUGCAUCUAUUUAUCAUUUCUAUCAUAUGUGUUCUCUGCGAGAGUAAAAAUAAGGACGGUUAUAUAGUUUAUGCUUCUAUCUUAUUCACUUCACUAUAUAUAUACACAUGCAAGCUAAUUCACGCACAAUCAUUAUAGGUAACAUAUUCUCAUUGUUCUUUAUCAUCAUUAACUCUAUCUAUUGUCAAUGAAAUUCCUGGUCAAAUAAUUGAGGAUAAUCAUUACAAGAAAUAAGAAAAAGAAACUUCCUUAUUUCACUAUCAAUCUUUAUAUGUAAGUGGUCAAUCAAUUUGAACGUUUUUACUUUCUCAUGAUAAGAAAAUCAACCUAAUCACCUUUGUUCUAUCAACUGUAUCGAUGUGCUUGUGUAUAUUUGCACAGAUCGGAAUAACAAGUGAAUUCAAUGAAUAAUAAACCUAUGUUAUGAACAAAAUAGAACCAUUUUCAAUCUUAACAAUAAUGUUACCUAUAAGAAUAAAAGAAGUUCUUGUUAACUGUAAUCUAAUGGAGCGUGUUUUUUUCUUCUUGUGUGUUAUAUCGCUUGGAACAAUUUUUCUCUCACUACUGUAGCUGGUAUUUGUUUGUUUGUUUUUCAUUACUAGUCAAUCUCUUCUUUCUUAUGUACCAUUUUGAUAUAUGCAAACAUCCAUAUAUAUAUAUAUAUCCAUAUUCGUUUUAUUGCGAUCAAUGUAAAAAAAAAUGUAUUUAUUCAAAAUGCCUUUGGUUGGUUCACAAAAUCAUAAGAUGGUGGAUGGAUAAGAUUUCAAGUUGUUGUAGUUGCAGUUGAAUCGACAACUGCAUCUCUGU